CUGUGUUCAAAACAGCAACGCUUUUUAACUGGUACUCUUCUCUCUUAUUCAUAGAAUAAUUGAAACUUUCGUUUUGCUGUCGGUUCCCUUUUCUUUUUAGGCUUUUUUUUUCGAAUAAUUUCAUAAAAAAUGCUAUAUUAUUAUGCUAUACCAUAUUACUUUGUACGUAACAAUUAAAAGUUAUGUAUCCACUUUACAGGCUUAGGGUUAUUUAAAUUAUGAAUAUACCCUAUGGGGGUCAAGUACAAUAUAUUUGCUUUAUAUGGAUUUGGUUUGUGGAAUUAACCAAACAAGUACAAUGUGAUGUCAUAUGUGAUACAGGAUAUGGACCAAUACGUUAUUGUUAUGGUUUAACGGCGUAUUGUUGCGGUCCGCAUAGCGAUCAGUGUUGUUGGCAAAAAAUCUACAAGUUAUGGUGGUUCUGGGUUGUGGCAUUCGUUGUGUUGUCUGGUUUGUUUGCUUGUUGCGGAUAUUAUUGCACAAACAACAGGAACCCGGGUUAUGAUUCCGACGAAUCGGGUUUCAAUUUGUUCCGUCGGUUCAGACGUUCGUCCUACGUUCCGUACAACAGACACGAUGAGCACGAUGAAUGGAAGCCGUACCAACAGAGAGUAUCUUUACCUCCCUACACUCCCUCACCAAACAUGGAGACAGCUAGCUCUUCCGUUGACCCGAACCCACCACAAAAUCUUCCGUAUUUGGAGCCCCCACCCCCAUACAGUGUGAGCGUCACCAGACCUCAACCCGCAGCUCGUGAAACCGACACCUUACUACCCUCCGCCCCUGCUGAAGCUGCUGCGUCAUCACGUAUCGUUGCGUCACAAUGACGUCACGGCGAAAGCUGCGUCACGAUGAUGUCAUCGCGUAACGUUACUUUACGAUGACGUCAUCACGCAACGUUACUUUACGAUGACGUCAUCAUGUUACAUUAAUUUACGAUUACGUCACGAUGACGUAGCACGUUUUCGUUUACGACCGUAUUUAGAAAUUUAGAUUCUCUUUGCAAAAGUGAACGGGGGUUUCCCUCUUACGAGAAUCGGAUGACCCACAGCAAAGGGUGGGAUAUAUAAUAGAACGUAUUUUCUGCAAGAAAAAAUAUAUGUUUGCUAUAUAUGGUGGUGCGUGUAGAAUAAGCUUCCAUGCAAGCUAUUUCAAAGGUAAAUUUAAGGCGAAUUUUAUGCGUUAAUCAUUGAAAUUCACAAAUCUUUGGCCAUAGGGGUUGGAGGUUCCAGGGUUUUGGGUUAAAAUUUCUAAGUUCCUCAACAGCGAAAACGUUCUAUGAUAUAUUACCUACCAUGGCAAAUAUUCUUCAAAUAUAUUGUUUCUAUGUUUUUGUUUCUGAUGUGCAAUAACACAUGAUUGUAUGAGAUUAUGUUUGAGCGGCCGACCCGUGAAACUGCAUUCGUAUUAAAAGGAAUUCUUCUUA